CGUGUAUUUAAAUAGACUGUACACUUGCAGCCUCAGUUGCAGCGGGCGGGCUUUCCUGUCAGACAGAAUUGGGAGCAAAGUCCCCGGUUGUUCAAGGCUCGCAUGCUCUCGAGCGGCUCGACUUUACAGAUUUGAAACAACAAAAACACAAAACAAAAAUCGCAAAGAUGUCCGCUCUCAUUAGGAAGAUUAUUCACACUGCCACAGCACCUGCUGCCAUCGGCCCCUACAGCCAAGCGGUGCUGGUGGACAGGACCUUGUACAUCUCCGGGCAGCUGGGGAUGGACGUGGCCUCCGGUCAGCUGGUCCAGGGGGGAGUCCAGGCCCAGGCGAAACAGGCUCUGGUCAACAUGGGGGAGAUCCUUAAAGCUUCCGGCUGCAACUACUCCAACGUGGUGAAGACGACCGUCCUGCUGGCCGACAUCAACGACUUCAAUUCCGUCAACGACGUCUACGAGACGUUUUUCUGCAGCAACUUCCCCGCCAGAGCUGCCUACCAAGUGGCGGCGCUCCCCCGUGGCGGCCUGGUGGAAAUCGAAGCAGUGGCGGUGGUCGGUCCGCUCGCCGAUUCCUGACUAGACGGCCGUCUGGCAAACAAGUUGUAGGGCAGCCGUUUUGACGGAUGUGGUACGAGGUUACGAGUUAUGCAAUUAAAACAAAUAAUAAAAACAUAAUGUCACAAAAUGCCUUUAUGGGAAUUUUCAUUCAUGUCACAAUAAAGAAAAUAAUAUUGUAAGAA